AUGGCGAGUGCUCCGAUCGGAAGGAGUGAGCACGUGGCGAGCCUCGUCGAGUCUCAGCAGCCCAUCGUCGAUCGGCAGUCGAGCUCAGCUGGCGGCAAUUUGUUUGUACUAAACAGUCGAGACAGAAACAGGUUGAGCGAAGCAUCGACGAGGGCGUGUGGCACACAGCUAGCAGUCACAUCAGACUCGGAGAGCGACAGCAUCAGGACCCGUAGUACCAGCAAAGCACAAGUGAAUCCUGCUACUGCAUCAAAGUCUGAGAACAGCAAGGACGGUAAGAGUGAAGCGUCAACGAAAGCGGAAAUAGAUUCGGAUGACAGCGACGCACCCGGGGAUCACAUCAAUGUUCAGGUUGGAGACUGUGUGAUGCUGGAUUCAGGGAAUCCGGACGAUUCGUAUGUCGCACUAGUGAGCUCAGUCCAGUUCUCACAGCGACGCAGCCGCUGCGUUUCCAGCUUUAUGGCCCAGUGGUACUAUAAACCCUACGAUGUGAAGGAGGAAGUCAAAGCUUUGAUCAAAGGUGGUGUCCUGGAAAACGAGGUGUUUCUAUCGCCGCAUAAGGACAGCAAUUCUAUCGACGCUGUGAUGGAGGUGUGCCAGGUCGUGUCUCCCGAGGAGUACGCCGAUAUCCAAGAUGAGAUCAAGCGUGGGUUUCGUGAAAGAGGCAAAACAUACUUUGUGUGCCGCUACAAGUACUAUCCGAACCGAAACAACAUCAAAAAGGCGCUGGAAGCUGUUGAGAAUGGGGCUAUUCGAAACGGAUUGGGCCGCCUCAAGCCCAACGUGGGUUCCGACUAUCAAGCUAUCAUCCCAAAAUGUGUUGAGGCAGCUUCGCAUGUCAGUUGUUCGGAUGAUUCCAUCGUUUUGCGGAAGAAACGUGAAGAAAGCACGUUGCGGCCACGACAACUGUGGUCACCUUUUGCUGCCGAAGUGCAGGGCCAAAUAUACGUGCAGUUUCGAAAUCUUGUCGACACGCUCAAAUUCGCGGUCGGAAACAUCGUGAAAACGUACCGGAUAGAUUCGAAGCCAAUGGGACACAAGCGCGGAAUUGUGUUGCAGUAUUCUCUGUCAAAUUCGAUUCAAAUUUGUGCAUCGACUGGACAGGUGCUCACGGUCUUGAAGAGCGAGCUAUGCUCACCGCUCACGGAAGACUUGGCAAUGCAGGAAUUGUACUUGGCACGAUUCAAUUUAACACUAGCGGCUUACGGCUGCUCCAAGACAAUACUUUGUGCGCAGCGCAAGGAGAGGGUGGCUUUUCGAUACGAAGUGGAGUUAAAUGCAAAAGCAAGAGCCGCAGUUGCAACAGAAUGCGGAGAUAGUUUAAACGAAGGGGAUAGUCGAAAGCGCAAGAAGUAA